AUGUUUGUGAAUAUGCCUGUGAAUGUUCUCACAAGCGUCAUUUGCCUCAUAUCGUAUCUGACAUUUUUUGCAUACGUUUUCAAAAUGAAAAUAUCUGCGCACAACUCCAAAAUGUGGAACGAAAUACAAUUGUGUAUCCAAUGUGUUUUGAUGUUUGUGGUUUUUACAACUUGCUGGCUUACGCUAGCAGUGUUCCCUCAGGGGUCUUCUGAGUGGAGAAUACUGUUAACUAUAUGCGUUGUUAUCCUUUUCGGAGCAGACUCAUUCAUAUAUUUUAUAUUGAAUAGAGAGAUCAAGUACCAAUUACGUUUACUAGGGUCGUCUGUUCUGAAUGUCUUUCCCUCCAGAGUAUCACGAAGCGUCUCUUCUUUUUAUGUCUGA